CGUCACUACCCAGAUCUGGGAGUAGUGCUUCUGAUUGGUUAAAUCAAAUUUCCCACACGGUAUGACCAAUCAGGAGCACUAUCCAGAUCUGGGUAGUGACGCGACAUCAGUAUGGAAUUUCUGCACUCGUUUCUCAGACAUCAUUUGGAAAUCAGUGGUAGCAUUUCCAAAUGUUGGCUGUUUUCUCAGGCAACUAGCCGUAUAGCAAAAUUUACUAGUCCAGGAUAUUGGACAGGACUUUCUUUGUAAGCUGAGUUAAUCAGAGUUCUAGCAUACUGGCCAACAUUAUUACUAUUAACUAGCCAGCCUUCAAUAGGCAUCCACUUGUCAGAUCCCCGAAGGAGGCCACUUUAUAUAGAGGUUUUAAAUGACACACAAUGUUUCUGACUCCCUUGCUAGCACAGCCCACCUUCAGUUUGUUUAGAGAAUAUAAGUUUUCUCUAUCCUUCUGGUAUUCAUCAAAAUAGUCAUACUGACAGCAGGUUUAUCCAUUGAUUUUAACAAAGAAUACAUGUUGCAAGUAAACCCAGCCAACAGACCAGAUAUAAGGGAGGUACUAACUGGACUUGAAGCCAUUGCAAUUGCCAUGGAUGUGGAUCUAAAAGGAAAAGUGGUAAUGUAGCACUAAGUCUUGAUGUCAUCUUCUGUUGUUUAAUUAUAAUUGUUCUCUUUGUAGUGUAUUUGUUGCAGUAAUGAGACCAAUCACCCUCCACCAAUGGUUUUCAGGUACAGGGUGCAAAGAAAGUCAGUUUUAAAGGUUGCCAUUCGGGCAAGCUGUAGCUGGCAUCUACUAGCCCAAAAUUCAUUUCAACUAGCCCCAAAAACGUUUUGAUAAGCAGGAUUGUUCUUAUGUAAUUGAAUUCCUCAAAAAACUUUACUUGCCAGUCAGGCAAGUUAAGAAUAGAAUUCGCUAGCCCAAUAGCAAAAUCCACUAGCCCCAGGCUAUCAGACACUACUUGCUUUGCACACUGGCCUAGUAUUCUUAAUUUGGUUCAGAUUGGUUAAUAUUUCCCCUCGUGUUGGCUUUUGGGGAUCUCUUUAUUUUGGUGUAAACUUCAACGAUUUUAAAUGAUGUUUUUGAAAACUAUAAUGUGAUUCACGGUUGACAAAAUAUUACUUUGUCUUUGACAUUUACAUUAAACAAAGAUCUAUACAUUUGCAGAGAGAUGAUGCCCCACAGUCUUCAGGAGAAAGAUCUCCUCAGGGUGGGUAUCCAUGAACUAUAAAUUUUUGUUUCCAAUCAAUGAUAAGAAUAGUAAACCAUGAACAAUGCCUCAAAUAAACAACACCUUGCAGGUACAUCUAAAACUCUCUAAAGAGGGGUCAUUUGAGUGGUCACUCUAAAGCAUUAUUCACAGACUCAAAUGUCAGAUGCUUUCUACUACACAGUAAACACUACCACAGUUAAGUACAUGUACUGCUCUUUAGUUUACAUGUGAAUAAUAACACCAGACACAAGAGGAUUUCAUCCAUGGACUCAAAUGGUGGAACCACCUUGUACAGAAUAACUUACAGUAUCACUGGAGGAAUUGCUCAGUAGCUUUCAUUUGAAAGGUCACCCUUAAGGAUCUUGUCCACAGAUGUAAGAGUUAGUACCCCCUUGCACCGCAUGAUAAACUCAAUGCUGUUAUUUGCAUGAUCAUACUUACAGGGCAUCUUAGCCACGUACAUCCCAUAUUUCUGACUGUUUUACCUGUAAGCUCACUUUAGCACAGCCAAGAACCCAUUCCCUCAUCUAGCCUGGGCUUAACUAGCUUGCAUACCCAGUGGUAGAAGCACAGAAGACUUGCAAGGGUAUAAGCAAAUAAGGAGGAGUGGGGGAGAUUCUUUCUCAGCACCCUCCCCCUGCCCAGCUUCAAGGUUUUUACUUCGGCGGAGCGCGAAGUAAAGGAUUCGCGACGCUCAAGAAUGUAUCAAAGUUGCAAUUUUUUGACAAGAUUGGGCAAGCAAAGUUUGUAGGUUUUCGGUUCUAUUCGGCUAUUUGACGAAGUGAGAGCCGAAUUAGUUCGAGAUAUCUCGAGAUCACUUCGAUUUCUUUGAUUUAUCCUUUAACUUUUUCGAGGAAGAAAGAAUUAUUAUUUUGGCUUUCCCGGGGUUCGAACCGACUCACCUGUGUGACCCGUCAGAUCAGAGGAGACUCUAAGUUGAGGGAUUAGCCGAUUGCGCUACUGCGACCCAAGGUAGUUUGGGAUAGGAAAAAUAGUUAUGAAAUGAUGCACUAGUUUCGGGACAAGAUUGGGCGUGCAAGUUCGUGACUCUCAGGUUUGUUUCAACUAUUUCACGAAAUGAGACCGGACUACUUCGUGAUAUCUUGAGAUCACUUCGAGUUUAGUCAUUAAUUAUUCGAGGAAUAAAUAGAGGAUAUUUCGUGGCCGCGCAGAGACACGAAAUUUCUAUUCGAGUGUUGAAAUCAUUUCACGAGUGAGCCCUUCCUUUGAACUGUUUUAUGAUGAAUUUAAAGUUACAAAAUCCUGCACAAAGUCAUUUUGUCUUUGUUGAGUGUUACGUAGUAAAAUUGCUUUCAUGUGUUGCGUGACUUUCUCGAACGUUCUCUACGUUUUUGGAUUAUUCAUGAAUAAUUAAUUAGGGCAUGUUUACAUUUCAGCAUGAGUCAGCAGAUUUGCAUCAGUUACUGAAAUCAUAAAAUAUGUCGAAAAGCUACUACUAUUCGCCUGUUUGGUAUUUUCUAAAACCUUAUGUCAAACGGUAUACAAGUUCCAAGCGAGUUCUUUUGACGAACUAAGUUUUUUUCCCACGAGCUGGACUGCUGUGUUUAGUCAAGUGUGACGAAGGUCGAUUUUCAGGUUCUGUGUUUACAAGUUCGUGGAAGCCGUAAGAUAUCUGAAGUUCAAGUGAGAGUUUGUUGUUAUUGGUAGAGGCUGUUUAGUUUUACUCAAAGUUUAAGUCAAGUUUGUGUUGGCGGAUGCUGUGUAUCAAAGCUCUGUAAAAGCUAUGUUCCUUCGGUGUUAAACUUCCUUGUGUUAAUCCGACAUCCCUGCGUGCUGAUAGUCAGUGAAUAAUUAUCCUCAAAACUUUCGAACUCGUGACUUUGAGUUUUAGCCAAUUCCAUGCUCAACGUAAUUGACUCCUUACCCAUGCCUUACAUAUCUUUAGUCAUUACAUGAUACUACUAUGCUGUUUGUGAAGCCUGAUGUGACUAAGAAAAAUAGAGAAUUGUUUUUUAAGAAAGAUUUGUAUGGAGUCAUCAGAGCAUAACUGGGCUAAUAUCUCGGAGACAAUUUGUCCCGAAAUGCUAGUUUUUGGCAAGUAGGCCUCUUGGAUGUAGCUCUUUUCAGAAUAUGCUGACAAAUCCCAUAAUUUCACAAAUUAACACCUUACUCUUACCAUAUUUGAUUUCUUACUCUUCCUCCGCAUCUACAAUUAAUUAGUUCCACAACCACGACGCCGAAGUGUACGCUCCAUAGCGUCUUGUUACUUCUUUAAAUUUCACCUCAUACCCUUGUCUGUCUUCCGUGCUUCUUACACUUGGGUAAAAGGAAAUCAAAAUGACCACUACACAUGCCAGGGUAAAACUGAUUUUGAUUUUUCUUUAGGGAGUACCAGUGGACCACCGCAACUACCAGCAUCUGGCAAUUCAGCACUACUUGGUGGAGUAGUGAAAGGUGCCAACAGUUUUUUUAGCAACAUUAAAGACAUGUCCAACAAAGUUAUGCAGUCUGUUGCAGGGUAUGUUCAACAUUUCUGUGGCUGUUCUUGAGAGCUAAUGGUGAGUUUACGCAACAGGACGGCAGGAGGAAGAGGACGGCAAAAUGUUUGUGUGUGACAAACGUGACAGGGCUAUAACUUGCAUGUUAUGUCAUGAUCUUCACUCAGCAUUAAUGUUUUCUGGUUUUUACAAAAAGAUCUGUUUAAAGGAAAGUGAUGGUUGGCGAAAAGUUAUUUCAAACAAAUUUGCUGUCACAGUUGUCACACAAGGUUUGCCGUCUUCAUUCCUCUCCCGUCCUGUUGCGUAAGUUCACUAAUAAUACAGCUGUUGAAUGAUAGUUGAUUAAUUUUAUCAUGACAUUGUUGUACUGUAUGUGCAGCAAGGGCAGGUACAUGCACACAAUAUUUGGUCUGAGUCAAUAUUGUCACAUGCUUUCUGUCUUUAACAAUUAUUCCUUGAGCCUGAAUGGGUUCUGAGUCUGAAUGAGCUAUUGACUCAGAGGCCAUGAGGACGAGAGGAAUAAUUGUUUUAGUAAAAUCCAACUAGUUGGUCAAAAAUAUCGGGACAAAACAACUUUAGCUAGCAAAAUGCGAUUCAGCUGCCAUUGUUUUGGUUUUCAAAGCCAAUGCUUUUCACUACUAGCGGGCUAUAACAUAUAUCCUAGUAGUAUUUCAACCAAUCAGAACACAGCAUUGACAAUAGACCACUAGUUGGAUUUUACUAAAGUCAUAUACACAUGUUGACUGUUUAUGGCCCUCCCUUUUUCGUAUUUGUAUUUUUAUUCCCUGACUUUAGUCACAUGGGUAAGAACGGGAUUUAACCGUAGGGGUUCAGAAAGGGAAUUUGAUUGAUCACCCUCCCCUUGCAGCACACCUCUAGCCCCUCACAUUUCAAGUUCAAGAAAGUAAAUAGAUAUUAAAUAUUUCUUUUUUCUUUUUAUUUCGUUCUUUAUCAUUAGAUAUGUCAAGAAUGACCUGGACCUAUCGUACAUCACUUCCAGAAUUAUGGGUAUGCAUUACUUCCUUCACUUUUUCAUACUCUGGCUAAAAGCACUUAUGGGAAGCUGUGAAAAGAAAAAGCUCAAAUUUUAUUAUAAAGUUAAUAGCACUACUUAAAACGCUUUUAAAAUGUUUUUUGUUGUAAUGCGUUGCUUAUAGACUUUAUCACCAGGGGUUCCAUUUAAAUGGUUACGCACUUAAAAAGCUAGAUCACAUACAGCGUAAUAAACAGCGCCUCUCUGUAAUACAAACACUUCGUUCUGUCCAUUUUGUGUCAAUAGGAAGUAGCUUUGACAGUAGUUUUGGACAGUAUUUGCGUUUUUGUUUUGUUAAGUUUUCAUUGUUGCUCUUUUUUCCUUUUUUAGUGAUGUCUUAUCCAGCAGAUGGCAUUGAAUCUGCCUAUAAAAACAACAUCGAUGAUGUACGAUCUUUUCUAGACUCUAAAUAUCCCGAGAACUAUCUAGUAAUAAAUGUAUCACCCAGGACAUACAGGACAGAGAAACUCAGUGACAGGGUACGUUCACCUUCUUUUUAUCUAGAUUUUAUAUCUGUAACCGGCUAACACCUCAACAACCCGUUACCGCCCGUGUGCAAACACCUCCCUUGUAUCACUUGUGACGUCAUCAGUUUGAUGUCCAAAGAUGAUCUUCUCAUUUCACGAGUCUCUGUGAUCACCUAUCAAAAUAUAUGAUAGGUGAUGUAAGAGCACAUGCUUGAAAUGAAUUCUCAAAAUGGCGGCUGCUUCAAACGCGACGAAUUUGCUCGUAUAGAGCCGACAAGUUUUUAGGAACAAAUAAUGUAGUUAUACGCACAGUUAAACCAUGAGUCCAUUAUUUUUUGUCUUAUGACAUUAGCAAAUUGAAAUUGACAUUUAAUUUUAAUUUAAUAAUCUCUCCCUCACUAUUUAGGCAGUUUGAGUAGCCAAUCAACAAAUUUGAAUUUUCCCUCUUGACCAGAUCUCGCCUUACACUUCAUCAACAAGAGAUUUUGGUACAAAAUUAGCUGUAAAGAGCAGCUCAGAGUGACAGCUAUAAUUUUCGAAUUCUUGUAUACCUGCAAAGUUUUGAACAGUUAACCAGAGACUUGAGAAACUUUGGUCCUAUUUUACAGGUGUUGAAUUGCUGCCUGGUGGGCCAUAGGCUUCCUCCGCUAGAGAAGCUGCUAUCACUGUGUAGGAAGAUGUAUUCUUGGUUGAAGACUGAUAAGAAACAUGUGAUUGUCAUACACUGUCAGGUAAUGAAAAAGUAGCACAGGUUUGUAUUGCUGUCAAAGCUUUCAGACUCUCAGGAUUGGCUAGGCUCAAAAUUCAGCAAAAAUACCUUAUUCUGUUUUGUAAUUUAAUGUCAAGCAGAUGAUGCCACGUGAAAGAACUGCUAAAGAGGUUUCAUUUGAACGGUAACACCAUAGGAUUUCAUCCACAGACUCAAAAGUUAGAACUACAUAGUAAAUAAAUAGUACCAUGUGAAAGUACUGCGGAAGAAGUUUCAUUUGAAUGGUAACACCAUAGGAUUUCAUCCCGGCUUAGACUCAAAGGUAGAGCCACAUACUAAAUGAAUAGUACCACGUGAAAGUUCUGUCAAAGCGGUGUCAUUUGAAUGGUGCAUGGCACACCAUAGGAUUUCAUCCACAGAUUCAAAAAUAAGAACCACCUCCCAAAUUUCUAUCAUUCAGUUUGCAUGGGACGGGCUCCUGUGGAAGUGAAAGUGUAAACGGAUCAUUUGAGGUUUCUGGGUAACUGACCACGUACCCCUCCCGUAACUAACAGUUAUUUUGCCUUAAGUGAGAAGUAGUGUAAAGGUCGAGUAAACCUGAACGAAGUGACCUUCCUCUAACGCACGGUCCAUUUUCUUUACCAGGAUGGUAGAGAGGCGUCUGGUGUUAUUGUAGCAGCGUUGUUUGUAUUCUGUAAAUUGUUCAAAAACCCUACUGGAGCAGCCGACAUGUUUAGUAUUCGUCGUUGUGGAAUUGGACACAAAGUGUCACUGACAGCAUCACAAGAACGGUAAGCCUGCUAUUCUUCAUUUUUUUUCUUCUACAUGAAGUGCGUCUGAAAACUCCGUUAUUUGGGAGCUUAAGCACAGGCGUUUUCAGUGAGCAAUACGUUUGUCGUGAUUGUAAAAAAAUCGCGAAAUGAAAGACCCGCGAAAGUAAAUUCUCGCGAAGUUUAAUACCCAUAUAGAAAAUUCAAAUAACAAUUGACAUGUAAUAAUAAUAACAAUUGACAUGUGAAAGCAACGAUUUGUAUCGACAAACACAAAUUGCUUUCUGGUUUUACUGGUAAGCUCCAUUUCGUCUCUUCCGUUGUGAAAUGACGUUGGUUUGCAAAGAUUUCACACAUAGCUUGUUCCAGUUUAUGUAAUUUUCGUAGAGGUUCAGGCAUUUUCAAUAAAGAAAAUGAAGUUCAGAAUGCUUAAGUCGCGAAAUUUAAUGCCCUCUUUUCAUGUUUACUUGUUAAAUUCGCGAAAAUAUAACCCCGCGAAAUACUGUCUCGCCAAAAUCGCGAAGAAUUAAGUACCAAUAAGGAAGACAAUAGAGGUGGAAGCCAAGGUGAUCCCUUGCCGCCCGGUCCACGGUAAUUAGAACGAGCAAACGUUGACUGCAAGUCUAAACAUUGUACUUGCUAAUAGAUGGACUUUUUCCUUUGUUUCUGUAGUUAUCUACUUUAUAUAACUCAGCUGAUUAAUAACCAGGAGAUGAAGCCUCAUCAGUAUUCAGUGUACAUCAAGUCAGUUACCAUGCACCCAGUCCCAGCCUUUAACAAAGCCAGGUAUGGAAGUUUUGAGUUUUUCCCUGGGAAUUUACCGGUACAUCCCAGGUUUUGAGUUUUCCCUGGGAAUUUACCGGUACUUCCCACGUUUUGAGUUUUCCCUGAGAAUUUACCGGUACAUCCCACGUUUUGAGUUUUCCCUGGGAAUUUACUGGUACAUCCCACGUUUUGAGUUUUCCCUGGGAAUUUACCGGUGCAUCCCACGUUUUGAGUUUUCCCUGGGAAUUUACUGGUACAUCCCACGUUUUGAGUUUUCCCUGGGAAUUUACCGGUGCAUCCCACGUUUUGAGUUUUCCCUGGGAAUUUACCGGUACUUCCCACGUUUCGAGUUUUCCCUGAGAAUUUACCGGUACAUCCCAUGUUUUGAGUUUUCCCUGGGAAUUUACCAGUACAUCCCACGUUUUGAGUUUUCCCUGGGAAUUUACCGGUACUUCCCUGGUUUUGAGUUUUCCUGGGAAGAUACCGCUGCAUCCUAGGCUUUGAGUUUUCUUAGGGAAUUUACCGUUGCAUCCCACUUUUUGAGUUUCCCUGGGAAUUUACCGGUACAUCCUACGUUAAAAAUUUUACCUGGGAAUUUACCAGUACAUCCUACGUUUUGAUUUUCCCUGGGAAUUUAACCGGUACACCCCUUUAGGUACGCAUGCGCGGCGCCAAACUGAUCUCAGGCGAGGAUUAAUGUCUUGAUUUAGUAAGGUCUCGAAUCAUUAUGACUAUCACCAGCAUGUAAUCAAAUGGCUAAAUUACAAAAAAGUUGUUAGUGUCUUAACUUGCGACAAGCUCUCCUAUUUGGGCGAGUGAAGCGAGGCUCGCGAGAACGCGCGAGCGAGCGGCGAAGCCGCGAGGGGCCCCCUCGCUCGCGCGUUCUCGCGAGGCUCACUUCGCUUACCCAAAUAGGAGAGCUUGCUCGCAGGCUAUUGGUGUCUGAAAACGGGAAAGUGCAAACUUCAUGGUUCUGUAUGCUACAUGAAUUUUUGUGCGUAAGGGCCUUGGCGAAGCCAUUUGGCAGAUUUAUCCCUGUAUUGUUUGUGUUAGUUAGUAUUGUAUGAACAGUUUUGUUCAAAAAUCAUUCUUUUUUUUUGUAGGAAUGGCUGUCGUCCAUUUAUUGAGGUGUACAAUGGAGAACAGAGAAUACUAACGACAGUUCAGGAAAUUGAAAAAAUGAGGUAGGGUGCCCAUGUUGUUAGCGAACCUAAGUAAAUAAAUAAAACGCAAAGAGCAAUGAUAAAGAAUCAGAGCGUCGCCAUAAUUCUUUUGAAUACUGUUCCAAGCACUGUUUUUAUUGAAUUUCUUUUUACAGGGAUUACAAUCUAGGUGACGGUAAGGUGUCAUUCCCUGUGAAUUUUACUUUGCAAGGAGAUGUGACCAUUGUAGUGUACCACGCCCGCUCCACGCUUGGAGGCAAGGUACAGGGCAAGGUUACUUCUAUGCGAGUGUUCAUGCUACAGUUCCACACUGGCUUCAUCAAAGCUUCAGCACAGAAACUCAAAUAUUCACGGUAGGUCACAUAAUAAUACAUGUAUACUCAUUUAGCCUCUGCCAAAAGCGGAGCUCUCGUGAAAUGUCUUUCUGGAGUAAUUCAAUUUUCACCAUAAACAAGAAGCAAACUGAAUUUCCCCUGAAGAAAUGGACUUGAGCCUGCGAUCAAUUGAAAACCAAUAACUGGUAGCGGAGAACUCAGUGAGUUGUACAUUUAAACCGCGAUUCAGUCAUGUGACACUUGUCAGGGGGUACUCUAUUUUGAUAGCUGUCACUUGUUUGCCAGGACCUCGCUACUAAUAGCUCACUGGCAGAUUUCUUUACAUUUGAGAAGAGGUCGCCCUUAUAUACAGAUAUUUCAAUUAACGUUGUAGUAUGGGUCAUUUCACAACCAAGAAACUUUCCAACACGGUCAUGAAGAAACUUAUCUUUAAUAUAAUCACAAACAUAAACUUUUGUGAAAUUAUGUUGCAUUCUCUGGCAUUGCAAACCGCGGAGGUUUGUCCGAAUUACAGAGAAUGUACAGGAGCCACAUUAACUUACGGUCUUAUCGUGUGGGUUUGAGGCUAUAAUAGUUUCUGCCAUUUGUAGGUUUUUGAUCAAUUUUUGUACCUUCUUGUCUUAACAGAGAGGAGCUGGACAUCAGUAAAGACGACGAAGGAAAGUUUACUUCACGGUUUACUGUAACAUUAGAUAUCACUGUGGAUGCAGAGGAAGUUAAAAGUGCUACCCACACCUGGGACACUCUCAAAAUCGACAAACUCUUCCCUCAAGUCUGUUUCUCCACCAAAGAAGAGUAUCUUGAGUGUCAGGAGGAGUUUGGUACGUGUAUGAUCAUAUGUUACCGUUGUGGAUCUAUCUAAGGGUUGGGUCUGGGGUCACACGGUAUCUGGCGAAUUUUCGAAGCGUUCAAUAUUUUCGCCCUCUUCUCACGGAACUGACGAAUCAGGUUGAAUUCUAACUUCUAUCAGUGGUUUUACCAUCUGCCACUACGUGGAGUUCUUCUUUAACAAAUAUAAAAUGAUGUCUUCUAGGGGAGUUCUUUCCCACUCGUUCAUGCAAGCACGUCUUUGCCGUACAAAAAUUUAGACGGUCAAGGUGUUUAAACUAUGCUGAUAAAAUUUACGACCGUACCGACUAAAAACUUGACCUCGAUUUUUGCGUUCCAAGAUCUGAAAAGCCAGGCGUCAAAAUUUUCGGACGGUCAGUGAGGUUCUAAGUGAACGGAUCACGUAAAUGCACAACUUUUUAACUCCGUAGCCUUAGACCAAAUCGAGAUGAGUCAAGUUGAUGCAGUCGUGAGGAUUCUCGCCUCCUUUCACUGUAAUCCGGUUUUGUUUCCCAUAAUUGAAGCGGAUUAUUAUACGUUUCUCUGAAACUGGCCACCUACGCCUCCCCUAAGCCAACAUAAAACACUUACUUCUCACUCAGGGCAAAAUGUUGGCUUAGGGGAGGGGUAGGUGGGCAGUUUCCCAGAAACUUAUAAUAAUUUGUUGAAGCCAUGUUUGUUGAGUUCGUUAUUGGUGUUCUCCUUUUUAUCACAGUUAAUGCAGACGAUAGAGAAUCAAACAUGGUGUUUAACUGCAAGUCAAACGAAGUAGAGGAGGACGCAGAAGAAGUCACUCUACAGCCGUCCGAAAGCGCAGAUUCCGACAGUUCCGAUGGUGCAUCAGCAAGCAAGCCAAACAAGGACUUUUUCUCAGCAAUAAAUUGGCAAGAAGCUAAUGUCAGAUCGUCAACAAACAAGGACUCCUUUGAUGAUAGUGAUGACGACUUUGGGAACCUGCGCAGUGAUGGGGAUAAUACCGCUGGGCAGGGAUCAUCGCAGGCUCACGAUUUCUUCUCCGAGAGAGAAGGAGUGGAAACUAGUGCCCAGGGCGGAAUGGACUUGUUUAAUUUGAAAUCGGCUUCUAGCGAGGGAAUGGAUGAACGCUUAUUUAAUUUUGAGGAUAGCGAUUCCGGUGAGGAAGAGCCGGUCAUUAGCAAGAAAACUGUUAACGUGGACUUGUUGAAUUUAGGAAGCAAUAUUAAAACGCAGCCAAAUGAUGACAUUCAUGGGGGCACCGUGAAAACUAAUCAUGUAGCGGUCACCGACGAUAUGGGAGUAGACCUGCUUAAUUUAUCUCCAGGUAAGAUUGUCACACGCCGGCAUAUAGCAUAGCUCGCUGCGUUUGGAUUUCCGCCCCAUUCUCCUCGCGGCUUAACCGCCCAUUUGAGUGCUCGACAAACAAAAUCGCCUGCUACGCAAGCUAGCAUUGCUAAGUUUACCUGCCAACGUUUUCAACAAAGUGAUAGAUACCCUAAACCGCAGUUUACCUCUUCCUUCGGAACAAUUUUCGCUGUCUUCUUUAUGUUUUAAAUCCAGAUCGGUGUCCUCCUCUUCUUCCCCCCCCCUCCCCUCACACACACACACACACCCACACCCUUGGACAGUCGUCUUUAAAGUGGAUAAGGGACGGACCAUUAGAAAACUUAUGGGGAGGGGGGGCGGGCGAAGUACAAAAAAAAUAUUCGCGCAAGGGAAAAUUAAAUGAAAAAAAUUCAUGCACGCCAAUUAAUCCUAAAAAAUAUUCAUGCUAUGGCCUGAAAAAAAUUCAUACAAGGAAUUUGAUAACGAAAAAACAUUCCUGCGGCUCGAAAAUUACCCCGCCCCCCCCAUAACUUUUCUAAUGGUCCGUCCCGAACUCAAUCCUUUAGAGAAACAAAAACUUGUACCUAGAUAAAGAUGCCUUUAGUUAUCUAUUAAACGGUGAACCGUCUAGUAAUUUGUGCUAUCAUUUUUUUAAAGAACGGACGCUGUGUGCAAUUGUUCCUCUUUUCUCCAAAUGCAAAUUUCAAGUACAAAUUUAAUGUUACUACCUGGGCUUUUGUAUUUAAAAGCCGCACCCCUUGGUUAAGACGUGCCUUUUCCUUAACCCCAUGAAGAAUGCCAUAAAGACCCCCUCAAGAAAUGGGUCUACCUCUAACGCUUUUUUGUGAGAAAACACUCGUCAAUUUAAGAAUUAUCUGAAAUCUAUGUUUUCCUGUAAGGAUUCCAUUGAAAUAUAGGUUUUACCCCUCUUUGGUGAAAAAAGAAAACUCCAGAAUUUUUUUAACUCUUUCCCCGAAGAACUCUACUAAUUUUAUGCCUUACGCGUUGAGAAAUCCACCCGACCUCAAACCAAGGGGAUGUGCAUUAUAGAUACAAGAGACUAGUUUUGAGUUUUCUUUUUAUGUUGUGUUCCCGUAUGAAGGUGGAAGCAAGGACAGUCAAAACGUGGAUCUUUUUAGCGGCACGGAGAAAAGCCAUCACAGAUCCAUGAAACGAAAUAAAAGCGCAGAUGAUGUGCUCAGUCCUGGCUUGCUCCACGAUGAAGAGGAAUUUUUCAGUCAGCUGGGAAGCCAUAGUGCUAGCUCCAGUAGAGAGAAUGUAACGUCUUUUAUGUCGCCUAACGAAGAUUCUGGAACGUUUGAUCCUUUCCAAACCACAAGGACUAAAUCUCCAGAAAAUUCGAGCCUUGAAUCUGGAGAGCCAGAUUUGUUCGAUCCGUUCAGCUCUAAACGCCGCGAUGAGAAGUCGACGAACGAGUUUGACCCUUUUGCGGCAAAGAAGGUUGAGAGUAACUCAUCUUUUGAUCCUUUUGCGUCGAGUCAAUCUGCGAGUGAAAAUGAUAGUUUCGAUAUCUUUGCAACACAAAAACGUGGAAGUAAAGCCCAAUCGUUCGAUCCUUUUGGUUCUCAGCCGGCGAAAAUCAGUAGCAGUUCUGCUGGUUCAAAAAGCAAUGAAUCAAACUUUGACGCGUUUGAUAUGUUGGGAGGAACAUCCACAACCGCUAGUGAAGAUCUUUUUGGUGUAAGUAGUUCCCAGGCACGUACGGCCACAGUGCAGGGUCAAGCUAAAAGCAACGUGGACUUAAUCGGAGGCUGGGGUGGUAGCUCGUCCGCGACAUUUCUGCAACCCAAUAGGGUACCAUCGCCAAAUCUGCCCAAAGCGACAAAUGGCUCAAUUCCGCAAAGCAAACCAAAGCCGAGCGAUCCAUUCGCGGACUUUGGCAAUUUAAAGUCUGGUUUACCAACUUCUUCAACUGCGCCAAAAUUCCCCUCAGCGGCUACGUCACCCAAACCGCAGAAGAAACCAGGGCCUGGUACUAGUGCCAACCCCUCUUGGUCUCGCCAGUCCCAGCAGCCCUCGUGGCAGACUGGGGCUAAAUCUUCAUCACCCGCGCCCAAGGCGCAAAGUAAGCCAAACUACGCACCUUCUUACACCAUGUCAGGUUCUCAUGGAGUGUUUGGCGACUACGGACAGAAGUGGAGCGGUGAGUGUUUAAUAAUCUAUAUUAACUUUUAAAUUUUUAGAUACAGUCCACCCUGUUCUUACAUAUAUUUUACAAUUACAGGUCACAAUUUCAUUCAGGUAAAAAUUUUUAACCAAGUAGGUUGAUUCUCAAUUUUCGUUGUGCCCCUAACCCUAAUUCAUGAAUAGCGAUACCACGCUUACUCCACAUAUGGAUAUUAGAGUGCCAACCAGAAGCACGUUGGUUCAUGAAACAAAAGAUUCUCUUGUUUCACUCGCUACAAAUUUUAACAACAAAAAUUGACUCUGAAGAUGACUCUGAAGAUGACUACCGCGCAGGUUGUCGAAACGUCAGUCACUGUCAACAACAACAGUCCUAUUCAGGGGUACGUUCACACGGACGAUCAAACUCGACCUACUUUUGAAAUGACUCCUGGGUUCAAACCUUUCACAACAAAAAUAAUGUUUGUAGAUAGUGAUGUCUCCUAUAAUUAGGGCUAAGAGAUAAAGGAAACUGAGAAUCAGCCUACCCGGAAGGUAAACAAUUUUUACCUGAACUUAAUUUUGACCUGUGACAUAUAUAUUAACUUCUAUUUUAGGUUCAGUCUACAUUGUCUUACAAACACCUGUUUGAACCGAGAAAAUAAACUCUUCAGUUUGCUACUUCACUUCAUGAAAAUGAAAAAAAGAUCGUUGUUAAUAAUGAAGACGUUCAAGUUUAAGCAGGAGAAGCUAGAGGGUACACUUCGCAUGACAGGAAAAAAUUAAUGUUUGUUUUAAACAUUCGCUUUGUUUUUUGUUUAGUUAAUUAGUUUUCGAUCCAAACAGCUAAGUAGGCGUUUUCAAGAUGUAAGUUCUCAUGGGAAAUUAUAUUGUUUUAUUUUUCAAGCGCCCAAAAAAGUUGGUAAAGACGAAUUUAGUGACAUUCUCAAUGCACAAGGCUUUAAAACAACAGGGGAUCAGGAAGGAGAAGCUCAGACGCUGAAGGCGUUGAAAAAGGAACAAAACAAACCUCUUGAUCCAAUUAGGGCCAAGGUAAAGUUCCCUUUGCUCAUUUUUUUUCUUUUUGUAGUUAUCAUUUAUUACGGAAACUGUGAUUGUGGUGGCAGUAAUUGUAAUGUACGUAAUUAUGAUUACCUAAACUCAUCUGUCAAACAAGUCUAAGAAAAUUGUAGCUAAGUCUCCGGACAAAAUGUUGGAGGUUUAGAGGGGAUGGGGAUUUAAACCCUACCGUAAACCAGGAUAGUGGAAGGCUCCAAUUCCGGGAAAACACACAAUGUCUUAUGUUGAAAUCCGUGCGCGUAACCCAAGCUGGCCUGCGAACGGCAGACGCAUUUCCGGUCGUCGCUUCUCUCCCUCCGAAAAAUAGCGACCGGAAAUGUGUCUUCUGUGCGCGUAACCCCAAGCUGGCCAACCUCCAGUGUCGCAUUGAUGAGGGCUGCAGAGGUGGUGGAAAGCCAAGGAUUUUAAGGUCUCGGUAAAUGAAAAUUUUAGUACAUUGCUCGAUUUUGUUUUUUUUGGAUUUUUGGCAUGAGUGGGUCCUAAAUUUUAUUUUGGCAGAAAAAGAAAAUCAGAAAGUGCUUUUUAACCGUUCUAAAAUGAGCCUUUUCUGCGCUAACCAGCCAAGCGUGGACCUCGCGCUAAAUCUUUAGAGCUGAUUUUCUCUCACUCUAUUUUAGACGCAAAAAUCAAAAUUCUCCGACCUCCAGUCGGGACAGGUUUUAAGCUAUCGCUUUGAAACUUUCAGAUAUGAUGGAUAAUGAUAUAGACUCAAAAAGGGUGUGAGGAAUUUCCGAUUUCCCUUUGUAACUCAUUUUAUGUCAGUUUCUUCGCGUAAAUCGCGCUCGAGAUUCCACUUUUUAGUUUGAAAUGCAAUAAUUCCGCUAAUACGAGACAUAUGCAAAUUUCCUCACACCCCUUUUUAGGUCUUUUAUCUGUCAAUCAGACGCAAUAAAAAGGAAGUGAAUAUUUAACAACGCGAAAGGGCUGGAGCUUCAGCAGUAAACUCGAUACCUCUGAGUUCGAGAGCAAAAAACUUAAGCGCCUUUUGAAAUUCGAUGAAAUAAAAUCUUUUAUAAGGUAAUUUAGUCUUUUAGCUUUAAUUUGAUAUAUAACUUGCCUUUGUAGCGAAAAUACUCCCGCGACUAGAAUUUUUUUCUGUGGGCACCUCGUUUUCCUUUACCGAGACCUUAACGGUGGUGACGAAAAAAAUGAUCAAGGUUGAGAUAGUGAUAAUGAUGUAGUAACGGUGAUGACGAUGAUGGUUAUGGUGAUGCCUCCAGAAAUUUUCGGUAACAAACAGGGAGCCACUGCCAAAUUUAACCGAAAGCAAAUUCCCAAAUUUCACUUUGUGAAAUUUUGAAAAACAAAUAGGAUCAUGUGUAAGUAGGGGCAGAGAGCUUUCAUUUGAAUGGUCACAUCAUAGGAUUUCAUCCACAGACUCAAAAGUUACCUUACAAAACUCCAUCAAGCACUCUGGCAGUGAAAGGGUUCAGUAAAGACAGACAGAGGUUUGCAAAGACAGACGAAGCAAAACCAAACAAAAGAGUCGAGUUAACACCUUCACAACUGGCGAGCAAAAUAGCGAGAAUCAAAAGAGAUUGGAUUCUCCAAACAAAUGAAGAUUACAACUUUUAACCCUAUAAACCCCAAGAUCAAAAUUUGAAUUCUCAUUUGUUGCCUCUAUUCAUUUCCUACAGAAGUAGUGGGGAGAAGUUGAUAAAGUAUCAAGCAAAUUCAUCUCGUGUGAUCAUGUCCGUAAUUCUCAUGACCACUCUGUUUUAAAAAGCAUUGAUAUUACAGGGAGAAGUUUGAUGCUGAUCACUCUUAGGGCUUAAAGGGUUAACGUGUGACUUUUUUGUUGAAAGGUGGAUGAGUGGGCUGAGGGAAAGAGAGGUAACAUUCGCGCCUUACUGUGCGGUUUACAUCUCAUUUUGUGGGAUGGUGAAGAGAGAUGGGAACCCUGUGGCAUGCACAACCUGGUGAAACCCGCACAGGUAAGAGCCACGUGCUGGAGACUUCUGGCUCACGUGUUUAAUCCUUAUGACCAGCAGUAAUUUGCGACCUCAAUUGUCUAUUACCGACUGUCGUUUAUGACUAUCCCUCACUAACAUUUUAGAGGCAGUCUAAAUCGUGCAAGGUGGUUCUUAUCGUUAAGUGGGUGUCAAAAAUCCUUAAAUCUUUGGAGCAAUUUGAUGGCAUUUUACCGCUUCUUCAAAGUAGUUACUAGUGAGUUAUUUGUGAAACGAUUUUUUACGUUUGUUCUUUAGGUGAAGAAAUGGUACAGAAAAGCAGUACUCUCUGUUCACCCUGACAAGGUACUAUAAUCAGAUAAUGAGUUAGGUACCAAAAAAGCGUGACGGGAUCACUUUUGGUACUUUGCGAUUUUUCUUCCUUUUUAAUUUUUUCCACGCCACUGAGUUUGAAACAAGAGAGUUAAAAGGGGCCCUUAAUACUCACAUGCUUAGAAAGCUUGAAAACUGUGUUAGUCAAAAGCUUCACUACUUAUUGAACUAAAAGGCUUCAACACAAUCACGACAAAACAUUUUACAAUUUUGUCGAAAGCAAGUAAGCGCCGUGUUCUAAUCCGUGCGCGCUCUCUUUAGCUUGGAAACAAACUUCUGUUUGGGUGCCAUAGGAGAAGGCAAUGGCAAAUCAACCAUCAAUACCUGGUUUCUAACGCAUUUUAUUUUAUCGACUGAAAGUAUUAGCAUUUUGCUAUUUGUUCUGGUCUGCUCCACUUGAGCAUUUCGGCCGGCUUUCCGCCUUUCCUCUCCCCCCCCUGUACCCUUGCUGACUAUAAAUCUCUAGGGUUUCUACCCUAUUCCCCCCCUACCCCGCCCCCUCCUCCACGUGAAUCAUUUUCUAAUCGGUCUUGCUGCUUCUUUGCAGCUUACCGGCAGCCCAGAGGAGGCGUUAGCACGUGCAAUUUUUAUGGAGUUGAACGACGCUUGGGCAAUAUUUGAACAAGAAGGAUCCCAAGCGUUAUACUAGCGAAUUAUUUUCAUGAAUUUAGCACGAUAAGUGUUGAAGUAAGGGAUAGCGAGAGGGAGGGUCCAAGCAAGUGCGAAGCUAGUUUUCAUUAUGAUAUGAUCAAUAGAAUUGCAAGCGGACGCAGUGUUUUAAGUUUACACCCUUGCAAACGCGCCCAGUUUUAAUGGCCAACAACAUUCAACAUUAAUGAGUCCCAACAUUGCUGGCCAACCAAAUUAUGUCCAUCCGAUAUUAACGCACCAAUCAUCGUUGGCAAGCAACUGCCAACAUAAAUGUAGCCAUCUUUGUCCUCCAGGGACUUCCGACAUUUACCAAAGUAUAGGCAUGAAUAUUACUUAGAAACUUCGUCUAACAUUAUUGGCCAGCAGUUUCAAAAUUAAUGCCCCCAACUUUGUUGGCAAACAACCGCCAACAUUAAAGCAUGUGCCCAACAUUGCUGGGAAACAACCCGCCAAUAAUACAGGCAACAUUGUUUGUAGGCAAAAGCCAAUAUUAAUGCUCUCAACAUUGUUUGCAAGCAAAUAUUAAUAUUAAUGCGCUGGCAUCAUUCAACAUAAAUGGCUCGGCACUUCAACGCGUGGUUUGCAGUUGCCAUCAUAAAUUAUAUGUACCAAACAUCGCUGGCCACCAACUGCCAUUAUCAGUAUGUCCAACAUUAGAACUAGCCUAAAAUUCGUUGGGCGUAGGUUGAAAAUCUUCUAGUGUCAAAACCCGGCAGGCAGGUUUUCUGUUAUGAACAGCAGCUAAUGACU